AUGCGCAUGCCGCUAAAGAGGUUCUCGAAGGUGAUGGUCGCAGCUGCUGCUGCCACCAGUCUCACGGCAAGCUGGCGCUCCUCCUCCACGACGCUGGCCAUGCCUGGUGGAAUGCCACCGGUGCAGGAGCGUAUCUUCAUGGUCACCGGGGCCACGGAUGGCAUAGGCAAGUUCACAGCAGAGCAACUGGCGAAGCUGGGCUCCACAGUUAUCAUACAUGGCCGCAAUCCUCGGAAGAUCGAGGCAACGAUAGCCGAACUGCAGCGCCUGGCGCCCAAAGCCACGCUGCACGGUGUCCAGGCUGAUCUCAGCCUGAUGUCCGAAGUCCGGCGAUUAGGUGAGGAGGUUGCAGAGAAGUUUCCCAAGAUCCACGGCCUACUGAACAACGCUGGCACCUUCGACGGCGACUACACAGGAAGGCGGGUUGAGACGGCCGAGGGGAAUGAGUACUCCUUGGCAGUUAACGUCAUGGCACCCUUUCUGCUGACGUCGCUUCUUUUGAAGACGGUCAAGGCGUCAGGCGCAGGGCGAAUUAUUGCUACAUCUUCGGUGUCGAAGGGCAGCGGUGAUGCCUUGAAUGACCUGCAGCUGCAGUCUGGGUGGUCCGGUCACAGGGCCUAUUCACUCAGCAAGCUGUGCGACGCCAUGAUGAUCGUCGAAAUGGACCGCCGCUAUGGGGAUGCGCCGAGGCUGUGCUUCCACACUAUGGACCCGGGCACGGUGGACACAAAGAUGCUUCGUGCUGGCUGGUGGUCUGGGGGCAGUUCUGUGCGCACUGCCACGAAGUCAUUCCGCAUGCUCACAGAGGAUUCGUAUCAAGAGAGCUCCGGGCAAAGCCUCGGAGGGGGAGAAAUCUCGGACAACGGGAAACGUGCCAAGCUCUGGGAGGAAGAGCUCAAGAACGAGAAGCCCGAGGGCGACCAGGCUUUGAACAAGCUCUUCCAGCAGAUCUACGAGCGAGCUGACGAAGAUACGCGGCGGGCGAUGAACAAAUCCUUCCAGACCUCUGGAGGAACCGUCUUGUCAACGAACUGGGGCGAGGUUGCCUCGAACGACUACGAGGGCAAAGACAGGCAUGCGGGUUUGCUAGGCCGACCCCACCAGAUGGGCAGGAACCAGGUGUGGACGGAGUCACCUCCUCGAGAUGAGCCGAGAGGUCACUGCUGGGUCAAGCCAGCCACAGUCAUCGGACUCGGCUUUUUCGCCGGCUUCUGCAAGCGCAACGUCCACGUCAAGUCGCACAAAGUGCAGGUCCGGGCUCGACGAACGGCACAGAACCGCGGAGAUCUCCGUCCAGACGCGGUGCCGGGACCGAAGGUGCUGCAGCUUUACCUGAAGGCCUCUGGCGGUGUUGACCCGCGUGACCAGCCCGGCAAAUGGGUCAACAGAGCUAAGUGCCCAUGCUGCAAUGGCGGCGACAACGGCGACAAUAGGAGUCUCAGCAUGGUUUACCAGACCAACACUGGCCGUGAGCCUAAUGGGAUCAUUUGUAAAUGUUGGCGGCAGAAUAAGUGCGGACAGAAAUGGUUUGUCUCUGAUCAGAAGCUUUUCGAUGGUGUGGCAUUGCAAAAAAGUGGUGUGGCAUGGAAACAAGCGACAGAGCCGGUGGUGCCGCAACUGGAUUUCUCCGGAAAAACGGAACUGCAGCCGUCGCAUCGUCAAUACCUGCUCGAUCGGAAGAUCCCAGAAGAAAUCGUGGAUAGGCAUGGGAUCUACUCCAAGCUAUGCAAGAAGAAGAGCGGGAACGAAGCAGUGUUGGUUUUCCCCUACUUCGUCAGUGACAAGAUCGUUUCUGAGAAGUGCCGGAGACUGCCCAAAGAAUUUUGGCAGUCCAAAGGUGGCUGUCACUGCCUGUACGGGGUGGAUGAUCUGCGCGGAGAGCACGUCAUUGUUCUCACAGAGGGCGAGAUCGACAAGCUGUCCGUGGAAGCAGCUGGAUACAGGGGAUGCGCUUCGCUGCAGAAUGGCUGCACAGGCGGCAUUUCCCGCAACUAUGGGGCCGGCGAGGCCCUAGACAGCGCGGAGAAGAUCAUUCUGGCGCUCGAUGGUGACCGGGCUGGACAGGCAGCGGUGCGGAAGCUGGCCAACGAACUCGGCAUAUACAGGUGCUGCACCGUGAACUGGCCCGAUGACUGCAAGGAUGCCAAUGACGUCCUUUGCAAGCACGGUGCUGACAGACUCAAGAUACUCUUGGAUGAAGCAGAGCAGCUUCCACCUCCGUGUCUGAAGCACAGCUUUCAGGACGAGGAGAUCAUUCAAUAUAUCAACGACGUCGUCGCAGGUGCCUUAGACCCGACCCACCGGUCUGGUAUCUCCACAGGCUGGUCUGGACUGGACCGCUUCUACAGAGUCGUGCCUGGAGAGGUCACGGUUAUCACGGGCAUUCCCGGAAGUGGGAAGACAGAGUGGCUUUUGUCGAUGGUCGCUAACAUCGCCCAUCAGGAGAACUGGCGCAUUCUGCUGUUCACUUUCGAAGCGAACACAGACACCUUGGCUGUUCAGAUGUCUCAGAAGCUGAAAUACAUGCUCCCGGAGCUGUCCCAACAACAGGAGACGCAGCCCGGCUGCAUGCAGGAGGACAGGACUGCUUACAUGAACUGGAUGGACGACCACUUUGAGUUUGGCGUGGACAGCUUCGAGAACCUGAGCGUGGAUCAAAUUGUGGAGAAGAUCGAUGAAGUCACUGCAGAUCGGGGGCUGCAAGGGGUCAUUAUUGACCCGUAUAACUUCAUCGAGCGCCCGGCCCGCAAGAACGACAGCGAACACCACUUCAUCGGAGCCUUGAUGCAGAGGUUGCGCAAUGUGGCCGAAGAGAAGAAGAUCCACAUCUGGAUCGUGGCGCACCCCACGAAGUCUGCACAAUGGGGCACUGCAAGGCCAACUCUGUACAGCAUUGCCGGCAGCUCCAACUGGUUCAACAAGACCGACAUGGGAAUUAUCGUGGACAGGAGAAGUUAUGAGAGCGAUGAUGGUGUAGUCGUCCGGUCGGACCAGGUCGAGAUCAUAGUUGAAAAGGUGCGCAAUCGAGAGGCGGGAGAACUCGGAAAAGCGCUGCUGCUUUUCGACAGGGAGAGCCGGAGCUACAGCGAUGCCACCCACCUGUUGCAGAGUUCCGAGGAUGAGUUUGACAAAGCGCAGCGACCCAGCGCACCCAAGGUCGCUGUCAGCGCAGCCCGAAGAGCACCCAAAGACUUCGACUAUGAUGAAGAACGUGAAGAUAUCGAAGCCGAAUGGGAGUCCAGAGCGCCUUUCUCUCUGAGCUUCUGGGAAUCCCCAGAAGUCCUGCCGUGUGGAGCUCCAAAAGGCCAGCCGACCCAUGCAAAUCGCACUCCCUCUGCAGAAAGUGAUCCGUCGCGCAGGGUCUCUUUGGCUGAUGGCUGUACAGAAGCUUCCCUGACAGAGCCAUGCACCUCGUCAGCACAGUCGCGAACGAGGCAGACUCAGGCUGCCACCGGCAGAAGGCUCGCCCAAUGUCAGAGCAUCUGCUGUGACGGGCCAAUGGAAGACUUCGAGGAACUCCGACACUUGGGCAGAGGGGCCUUCGGCGAGGUUUUGCUCAUGCGGCAGACUUCGACGGGCCUGCUGUGUGCAGUCAAGAAGCUUGGUAAAACGGCGCUGCCGGCUGGCGAGGAAGCGGAGCACUUGGCGGAGGUGAAGGUCUUACAGACACUUGAGCAUCCGUGCAUUCUUCGCUACUACGGAUCGAUUCAACUUGACGAGUCUCUGAGCUUGGUGAUGGAAUUCGCAGAUUCUGGCGACCUCCAGCAACUGUUGAAGAAGCAAAUGGAUUCGGAGAAGUUGUUCGAGGUUGCAGCGCUUUUUGCAAUCUUCUCCCAACUGGUUGUCGCCGGGAGCUGA